UCCGCAUCGAGGGAAUGAGCUCUUCUCGGUUCGAAUGAUUUAUUCGUUUCUUCCACGUAUGAAGAACUGUGAAAUACUCGUGGUCGAGGCGUCGAUAGCAAGACAAAAUUAAAGCCGUUAUCGUGUACGACCGUGAAGACGUUCCUGAUGCGUGCACCUCUGGACUGAUAAUAAUGUUCAAGAAUAUUCUCGAUACGAGAGUUGCAACGCUAAGCGCCGACUCGACUAUUGGGAAAUUUUAGUGCACCAACGGUACGACAACGGCGACGGUGACGAGCAAUCGACGCGCUGCAUGACCAGACGUGCGAUGUAAAUAAAUGCAUAUAGAUACGCGAUCGGCUACAAGCAAUUACGAUUUCGUGUGAUUACCGAGGUUCCCUGCCGAGGAACGCUGAGAAUCGAAAUAAGAAACUGCGUGAUAUAUCGACGUGAACCGUUAGUCGCGCACGCACGGAUAGACCGAAGGCUCGCGCGUGUGAGAGGGAGAGAGAAAGAGAGAGAUAUUCGAUUUUUCAUCUUUCCAGCGUACGAUCACGCUCUCGCAUGCAGUUUUCGGUGCAGCAGUUAAUUCCGUAGAUCGUGCAAUCGAUCUUCUGCCAUCCUCGCGUCGAGGACUAGCUAGUCGAUCGCAUCGUCCCGUGUUUUGUUUCUUGCGCGUGUGAGCGAGCGAGCACGACAGUACGAUGUUUCGAGUGUCGCGCGCUUCGUGAAGAUCCGGGAAUUUUCGCAAUUUUCCCUUCGUCCGCUCUCUCGGCUGGACGAAACGUGUGCGGAGGUGAGAAAAAAAAAAAUUCGGACGAGAGAAAUCCUCGCGUCGAUCCGCAGUCCGCGAGCAUAGAUAAAUACGAUCGGAGGAUACGUUGGCCACCCCCCUCCUCUUCCCCAUUCAUCUGGAUUGCGCGCGGACCGCAUCGCAGGAUGGCAUCGUCCACGCUGGCUGUUCCGUCCGGAGCAGCCCCCUCGGUAGCGCCGUCAGCCGCGAAUGGCGGCAUCACCACGGGUGGCACCGAAGAGCUCGAUGGCGGCGAUAUAUUCAGCGAGCAUAACAACGUCAACUCCGUCGGCGGCUACAACAACAGCGGCAGCCCCGGCGAUGCCCUGGAGGAGAUGACAUGCGGCAACGGUGAGGCCAGUGAUCAGGGCUGCACCUUGUGCCUGAGCAAGCUGUGCUCGCCGAGAAUACUCACUUGCCUCCAUGUAUUCUGCGAGGCAUGUCUGGACAAGCUGCUCAUGGACGAAGCUGGGGACUCGAAAGUGGGCUCCGUCAUCAACUGUCCUAUAUGCCAUCAAGAGACUUCCGUUAGUUCUAAGGGCGCUGCGUCGCUUACAUGCGACUACGUUCUUACCAAUAUACUGGACAUGUCCGCUAUUGAGAACAAGACAGUAAUAUGUACCUCCUGCAAGGCCAGAGAGAACGCCGUGGCGCGUUGCUCUGAUUGCGCCAAUUUUUUGUGUCCAAACUGCAAUACGGCGCAUCAAUUCAUGCGCUGCUUUGAGAAUCACAAAGUAGUUUCCUUCGAAGACUUGAAGCGAUCCAACAAAGCUAUUCCGAUACACAAACCAAUAUUUUGCGAGUGUCAUCCUGCUGAGACUAUGAAGUUCUAUUGUCAUACAUGUCAGGAACCUAUUUGCAAUGAAUGUCUGCUUGUGGAACACAAAGCACCAGAACAUCAGUACGAACGAUUGACUGAUGCAGAACCAAGACAGAAGGAGGAAUUAGUUAAUCUAAUGACCGAAAGUAAAACGAAAAUUACCGAAUGUGAUCAGGUUUCAAUGCAACUGGAAAAUGCGCUUAGCGAGCUACAAGUACAACAUGAUCAAGCAAAAGAUUUAAUCAUGGAGACUUUUCAAAGUUACAAAGCCGUACUGGAGAAGUGUAAAGAUAUUGCAUUAAGCGAUCUUGAGAAGUUGCACUCAGAUAGAGAACUUGAAAUAAUGGAUUCUUUUCAUAGUGUUGAAAAGACUGUAGAAAAGAUAGAAGAUGCUUGCCGUUUUACUUCAAGACUUCUCGAACACGGCGAUGCAGUGGAAAUCAUGACUCUUCGUCGUAUUGUAGGAGCACAAUUGAUGAAUUUAGUAAAGAAUACACCAAAACACAACGUAACGUUCUCUAUCGAAUUCCAAACUGAUUAUAAUAAAUUUGAAAAAACUGUAAAGGAUGUAUUUGGAAACUUUCACACUGAAAGUACACCGGAAGUGAAGGCUGUUCCCGAACCAGUCUCAACGGUAUCAGGAGUCUCGACAAAUCAGCAAAUGGCUCAUACUUCGAUGGGUUGUCCAAGUUCCAUUAGCACGAGCUCUCCCAUUUCACUACCCACAUCGAUGCAAUCCUCUUUCGAAGGUGAACCCUCAUUCGUUAUACCACCGACCUCGAGUCCCCAAAACAUCCCGCCUCCUCCACCACCCGUACCUCUUCCACCACCAGGUACGGUCCCCAUCCACGGAUUGACUAGCAUCCAAGAGUACAAUCUACAACAACUGGCGAGUUUAGCGGAGAAGGUAGAGAUGGUGGGUGAUACUGGUGUAGUUGGACCUAGCGCGAAUCCUAGUCCAACUCCGUCCUUUACUUUGGCAGACUUAUUUGCUGGGGAUCUAAGUUCAACGAGUCACGCCAUUAAUAAUUUACAAGCUCUUGCAAAAUUAGGAAAUACUCUUGGUAAUCAAGAUCUAGGAAAUGCUACCAUUAACGGCGGUGGUGGAUUAGUAUUGGGACGUGGACCUUCACCAGCCAUUGUGGAUAACUCGAAUUUGGGUUCUUUGGCUGCCAAUAGUCUACUAAAUGGAGGAUUUCAACCAUUGUCCUCUUCCACUUCGCCAAUACUUUCACAGGGUGCUGAUGACUUAAUAGGUGAUUCUAUGCAUAACAUGCCUGUAGUGGUAGGGAAUACUGUUGCCAAUGUAACUGGAUCAGGGACAGGGAACUAUCCGGCUCACCCAAGAUCCCAGAAUACAAAACUGACGCCUAUGCAUAUCCGAAGCAAGUUUGGGCAGUUAGGACCCAGUAAAGGGCAAUUUAAUUCGCCUCAUGGAUUUUGCCUAGGAACUGAUGAGGACAUAAUCGUCGCAGACACAAAUAAUCACAGGAUUCAGAUUUUUGAUAAGACUGGUACUUUCAAGUUUCAAUUUGGUGUUCCUGGUAAGGAGGAAGGACAAUUAUGGUAUCCUAGAAAAGUAGCCGUUAUGAGAAAUAACGGCAAAUUUGUUGUAUGCGAUCGUGGAAAUGAACGAUCCCGAAUGCAGAUAUUUACAAAGAAUGGACACUUUAUAAAGAAGAUCGCUAUUCGUUACAUCGAUAUCGUAGCUGGCCUAGCUGUUACCAGCCAAGGGCACAUUGUGGCUGUUGACAGUGUGUCGCCAACUGUGUUCGUAAUCAGUGAUACAGGAGAUCUUUUAAGAUGGUUUGAUUGCAGUGACUAUAUGAGAGAACCAAGUGAUAUUGCUAUAAGUGGCAAAGAAUAUUUCGUGUGCGACUUUAAAGGACAUUGUGUUGUGGUGUUCAACGAAGAGGGUAAAUUCCUGCGUCGCAUUGGCUGUGAGAAUGUAACAAACUUCCCGAAUGGGAUUGAUAUUAGUGAUGCAGGAGAUGUAUUAAUCGGAGAUUCGCAUGGUAAUCGUUUUCAUGUAGCUGUCUUCUCCAGAGCUGGCUCUUUAAUCUCUGAAUUUGAAUGUCCAUAUGUAAAGGUAUCUCGAUGUUGUGGCUUGAAAAUAACCUCGGAAGGAUAUAUUGUAACGCUGGCCAAAAACAACCACCAUGUUCUUGUAUUAAAUACUCUUUAUAUAUUGUGAAGUGGAAUCAGACGAGUAAGUAUGUUAUAACUUCCUUCUGCAAGUGAAAACUUUUUUGGAAACUGCUCUCAACGAAAGAUGGGAAAGGCAUGCCCAAGGCAUUACGUUCGAAUUUUGGGCCUAUUGAAGCAAUAGAAACAAGUGCAGCAUGCAGCUUUAAUAGUUGUAAAAAUAUAAUGCGUCCCCGUUUUAUGAAAGUAACAAUGUUGAAAAAAAAAAGCAGAAAGGUAAUGUACGUCUCCGACCAAACAGUAUAAUAGUAACUUAGCAACACGCAUUUUGGUAAACUGCCAAAGUAAAUUAAAUUAACUAAGUGGAACCAGUUAAAAAGAGAAGCAGUAAGUUAUAUCAACCGACCGGCCAGUUGGGUCGCUUGUAGUAGAGAAAGCAAUUUACAAUGGCCUUCCGUCAAAAUUGGUUGUUGUACAUCAUUUUGACAUGUCAGUAUUUUAAGUAUGUUUAUAAAUCAAAUUAUUCUAGUCUCCGAUGAGCACUUUUUACGCGCUGAUUUCGAUUUGUGCUCGAAACAAGACGUUUUCGUCUUGAUUUUUAUUAAUCUGACAAAGAUAUUUGUCUUCUUAGUCCUAACUGAUGCUUCAAGAUGCAUAUAAGUGCACAGAUUACGUUUAAAAAAAAAAGUUUUCCCUUAAGAACUUUUAGGUAAUUAAUAAGCUCAGCAGGAUAAAUUUCAAGAUGAAAGGAUCAAAAUUUUUCCGCUUAACAGAAAAAGAAAAAAAAAAGCGUUGCAUGCUGCGAGGUAGUUGGUAGUACUUCCUGCUCUUAUCAUAUCGUAUUUCUAAAGAAGAGAGUGAAACGAUACUCCUCAUUGCAGCAGGCACGAAGCUUAACAAGAGCUAUGUUCCUGAUUUCUUUCUGCGCGUUUGAAAAAAAAUGAUAGUUGAGAACAUAAUAUAAAAACGACGUUAAUGUGUAAGGAAUAGAUUAUGGUAUGUUGAAAAUCAAACAUUUAAUAUCUUAUAUAAGAAGUGUCAUACAGAGGAUACUUUGAACGUAAAAAAAAGGUGAAAUAAUUAUUUACACUUACGAAAAAAAAAUCGAGUAGAUCCCAUUUGUGCAUUGUUAAAAUUAGACGAGACACAUAAUGGUUACAAUAUUUACUCAGGAUGCUUUAUUAUGGUCCACCAUAUAAAUAUGAUAUAUAUAUAUAAAUAUAUAUAUAUAUAUGCGUAUGUGAAUUAUUGGUUUGUGGUGCUAGUGAAUAAUGUAUCCAUACCAUGUAAAUGUAUUUGUUAUAAAAUUACAGAAAUCGCUCCCGCGCAUUUUUUAACAAUGUAAGGGAACGAUUUUGUGUAAUAUAUUAUAUAAGAUUCGUAAGUAUACAUAUACCACCGGUAUCAUAGGGACGAUACUUUAUCUAUGUAAAAAAAAAAAAGGUACAGUUUGCUAAACAACCUCUAUUUAUGUAUAUAUUAACAUGAUCCAUGAGAAAAGAAAAAAAACCACAUAAGACACAUACAUAUAUAGAAAUACACAUAUUUUUUAGGGUUGUUUACAUGAUCAGCCUUAAGAUUUGAUUGAACUAAAAUGCAAUGUGUAUACAACAUGUACAUCGUAUAUUUGGCAGAUUGCUACACUGUGUUACCUUACAUUAUCUACAAUAACGUUUAAUUACUAUCUUGCCAUACCAAAUGCUAGGUAGCACAUCCGUAUACACAUAUAUAUAACAUAUAUAUUUAUACUUGACUAGCUUUAUCGGAUUCGUUUGCAUACAGGAAAUUAUCGAUAAUGUCUGAUUUCAUUAUUUGUGUGAAGCAAGUAAAGAAAGAAAAAUUAGACGAAUGAGGAAAGAAAAACCAACACAAAAACGCAGUACUAGGAGGCUAUUUUAAAGUUCGCGCAUAAAACAUCGGCAUUAGUAAAUUGCACGAAGCCUACAUACAUACACCUAAGCUAAUCAGUCGUACUCAUCUCUCGUAACAUUAGAAGUUUUAAUUUUAUAUAUAAAAAGAAAAAAAGGGAAAAGAAAAACUAAUUCUGAAAUAUUUAAUAGUCAUGGUUAGCAGAGUUAUAUAAAUAAUGCCUGUGAUAAUAGUAUCGUCAGGAUAAGUUGUGUCCUUAAAGAGUCUCUGAUGUUGUUGCUAGGUAAAUAUUGAUUAGAAGUAUAUCAAAUGAGGUGUACCAUUGGUGUCGUCUGGAAGGGUGUGUUAAACAAGCACAAUAACACCUAAUGCAGAGCCAUCAAUCGUCUCUGAUGAUACACGUUAAAUAUAAAAAAAAAAAAAGAAGAUAUUCAAAAUGAAGAAAACAUGUUGCAAAAUUUUUGCCAGUCAUAUUAAAAACUCAUAGUGUAACGAAUGGAUGACCAUUAACGAGAGGGUCUUUUACCUCACAAAAUUAUUAUAUUACGCUCACCUUAUAUAUACUUGAAUAUUUUAGUAUAGAUUUACUCUAUUUACAUAUUUUUAUCUGUGGAAGACUACUUGGCUAAUUUAGGCCACUGUUGAAAUUCACCCCUUAUUUGCCUUGAUGUUUGAAUUACAACAAUAAUAUAAAAAGAAAAAAAGAACGAGAAUUACUUGUUACGUGAAUGGUAAUUGUGAUAGAUUUUUUGAUGAUUUUUACAAUCUCAAAAGUCUUAUUAUCCUAAUAUGUAUAGAAUUAUAUAGUCACUCUGUACGUAAUAGAUAAACUUUGCUUACAUUGUUAAACUAAUAUUAAAAGCUCUCAUAACUAUCCACACUAAACAGUUUUAUAACUGGCAGUGUAAUCGAAGAUCAUAUUUUGAAUAUGCAAUAGGUUUUCUGUGUAACACUUUAGCAGUACUGUUUUUAUUGCUAUACAACUUCCAAGGCCUUUUUAGGUGUCACAGAUUCCCCGACAUUAUUUCAAAACGAUUAUUUCAACCUUUACAUACCAUUGCGACAUUUACGAAUUUUUGAUGCUGUGUUUGCCGUGGAAUUUCAUUUACGACAUACCGUUUUCUUCGAUAAUUGUAGUUGUCAGUUGUUUUCAUUUAUAGAUCAGAGUUAGUGCGUGGUUGCAUCCCCCCCCCCCCUCUACCUUCGACCCCUCCGUUCAGAGUUGCUUUCAACCGUACCGUUUUACAAACUAUUUUACGAUACUUGACAACACGAGGAAGACAAUUACAAUGAACGAGCUGCUUGUGCUUCGAGCAGCUCUGCUCUAAUUUCACAUAUGAUCUGGAUUAUAAGACACAACACCCGUCAAUCGUAAAGUAUGUCGUGUAUCCGAAGAAAACAAAUUGUUGCUAUAUAUCAAGCGAAUAUGUUCCUGAUUUUGAGAAAGAAAAAAAAAA